GGCUCCCAACGCCAUCCGCCCGUCUCACCAUUUUUUAUUCUCUCUUAUUCACCCCGAGGGACACCACUCCGCGUGUGGUUGUGUGAUGAGAUAAGCAGUGUCUUUGUGCCUGCGGCGAAGGCAACAGUCACGCUCCUACUACGGUGCUGCGACGGCAUCGUGCACUGUAUCCGGUGGUCCGGGUGGCGGCGGCGGCUGCGGGACCGUUAAUUUAACAGACGCAUCUUCACUCCUUGAUAGACGGUCACUCGCCACGACGGCCAGCUAUGGAGACGGCGGCCUACAAACGAUCCCGAGCGCGACCUGGCUACAACGUGCCGAGGGAACCGACGCCAGAGGAACGUCUCGAACGGCUGAACACGGCCAUUCAGGCGAUAACUUUCGAUGACGUUCGGACGGUGGUGUCCUGCAUCCCCGGCAACAUCGAAGUAGGAGCCACAUACGACCUGGUGCUGGGGGCAAGCCAGAACAAGCCCCGGAGAGUGAAGGCAAGUCUCCUCCACCUCGCCGUUCACCACAGGGCUGCCCAGUGUGCCAAGCUCCUUCUGCAUCUCGGGGCACCGACGGAAGCCACAGAUAGUGAACUGGGCGACUGCGCCAUCCACGCCGGCGUCAGGAUGUCUCGGUACGACUUGGUGACCCUUCUGCUGGAGUACGGCGCCUCCCCGACCUCCACCAAUGCCGCCAAUGACACUCCUCUGCACCUAGCGGCCAAGCAGGGUCUCGUACACACCUGCAAGGUUUUGCUCGAAGCAGGGGCCGACCCUACGGCAAGGAAUAGGUAUAACGAGACACCAUGGGAUACUGCUACCCUCGCUGGCUCUCCCUCCUCCUUGGUCUGUGCUGACCUCAUUCUUACAAGCCACCUGCAAGCCAAAGAGAGCGCCAGAAGUCUUAGGCAGUUGACCAGCCGGCCAGUGUGACCUUUUAUAGUGUUUUUCGUUUUUUUUUCUUUCUGUCUCAUGGAAGACUUUUUAAGAUAUAGUAAAAUAAGAGCAUAUAUUGUAUUUUUGUAAUAGUUGUAAUAGUAUAUGUAUGUGAAAGUGCUGAGAGGAGCUUCACAAUUAUUGAAAAUAUUUUCACACACGCGCGCGCGCACACACACACACACACACAACACGCACACACACCACACACACACACACACACACACACACACACACACACACACACACACACACACACACACACACACACACACACACACACACACACACACACACACACGCAAACGUAAGCUAUUGGAGUUAAUGUUUAAUUUUUAAAUCUUAUAUUGUAUGAUUUCAGGGUGUAUUGCUACUAAUUAUUAAGAUGAAAAUAAAUAUAUUAUAAAGAGUCCGCCCAGCGUUAUAUAUUUCAAGGUAAUGAACAAGUAUUGUUAUCUGCGUAAAUAUUUAUUGACUGUGUACUUAAUUGUAAGUCAAAAAUAUAUAGGAUUAUGCACUUGUACAUGAUAAUCUAGAAAAUUAACCACAGUUAAAAAUAUGAACACAUUAUGUAAAUAAUUUCCACUGAUAUUUAUUUGAAUAAAAAUAUAAA